GCAUGACUCCGGUGUGCAAGACCAGGACCGUUUCCUUAUCUUCUGCAGCCCGCAGAUGGUGGAUGUUCUCCGAACAUCUAAGAAGUGGUUCGCCGACGGGACGUUCAAGGUUGCGCCUGAGUUGUUUUACCAGGUUUACAGUCUACACUGCGAAGUGGGCGGCUCCAUCCUGCCUGCGGCAUACAUUUUGCUAACGCGGAAAGACUGUGGGACGUACACGCGAGCCCUGAACACCCUUAACGCCGAGUGUGGGGGAGAUUGCGAGCCAAGGACCGUCACAGUGGAUUACGAACUGGCGGCUAUCAACGCUUUCAGGGCGGUCUUCCCAAGCGCCGACGUGCGCGGGUGUUUUUUUCACCUGUCGCAAUGUGUCUACCGCAGACUUCAGUCGGAAGGACUACAGGAGCUGUAUGCUUUUGACCCCGACAUAAACCUGGAAGCUCGCAUGAUCCCAGCUCUUGCAAUUGUACCCCAGGACGACGUGGAGGGGGCAUUCACCGAGCUUGCGUCCAGCAUCCGCGCAGAACUUCUCCCGGUGGUCGACUACUUCGAGGAUGUGUUUAUUGGGCGGCUAACGGCACGGGGCAGAAGAGAUGCGCAGUUUCCAAUUAAGCUAUGGAACCACCACGACACCGUUCUCCAGGGCGGCUCCAAGACCACGAACUCAGUGGAAGCCUGGCACCGGAGCUUCCAAGCUCAUGUUCAGUGCUCGCACACAACUCUCUGGAGAUUCUUGGAGGUGCUACAACGAGAAGACGCCCUGCAACUUCACCGGCUUGGAAGACUCGAGAUGGGCCAGCGCUUCAAGCAGGCCUCGAAAUACGCGAAGGCUGCAGAACGGUUAAAGACACUUGCUAGAGAAUACGACGCUAGUGAUGUGCGACGCUUCCUUAGGGGAGUUGCCCACAACGUGUCGUUCUAG